GCCAGCACUAUUUGGACGCAGUAAACUAAAAAGAAACAGACCAAUUAUGGAAUAUGGGUCGGCGGGUUUCGACGAAAUGAUGUGUGAGAGGCUCACAUUUCAACGAAAGGUAUUGGAGCAUGGCUUCACUUUUUUGUGGUCUGACAUGGACACAGUAUGGUAUCAAAAUCCUUUGGAUAUCAUGCCCAAGGGCUUUGAUUUUGUUGGGGUAGAUGACUCCUAUCAUGGACCCAAGCACCUAGAACAAAAUACUGGAAAUCUAUGCGGGUGCUUUAUGUUUUGGCGGCCAACUCAAAGGUCAAAGGAUUUCCUAAAAGAUUGGUAUGAUAAUUGUGCACACCAAGCUGGUGACGACCAACAAGCCCUAAAUCGAAUGUGGAAUAGUGCUGAUAUGAAGCAAAAGCUACACUGGUACAUCAUGCCCAGGCAGUUGUUUCCUUCAGGAACGCCCGCCUUAAGCAACCUUAAAAUAGAUUGGAGUCCAAAUGAGGACCCAGCCCGACCGCAUACACUGUUUCCGGCAUGGAUACAUGCAAACUGUCGUACCGGCCACGAAGCCAAGCGCGGGUUUUUGAAGGAAAGACUGGCAUGGAAUAUCACAGAUGACUCUAAGUAUCCAACUUGCUGACUCACAUUGGCAGAUGUCAGUGUGAGAUCAGUCAAGAAGAUAAUUUAAGAGGAACAUGUUUUU